GAAUAAAUUGCAUAGAAUUUUUAACACGCCGAGAAAAAAAUUCGUCCCCGAGAUCAAAGGCACGACGUCAAAAAGAUCGUCCUCACCUUCGCAAGGGUGACGUCGCCACGUGCCGCAAGGGUUUAUAAAAAAGAAUCCGCGACCUCGUCGCGGUCUCGCUUCUAUAGAAGCCGCCUGGGUGCAACAGUUGAAGUCAAGGCAAGGAGAGUUUAAGCGUAGCCCCGUUGCGUCUCGAAUCGAUAUCGGUGAUUACGCCAAGGUACACGUAAAUACAUAGCCCCCCCCCCGCCCCCUCUGCCCUCGCCCUCGUCCGGUCCACCCCCGACGUUUAGCGUUUGGCGGGCUCGGUGGACGCGCGUCGCUUGGGAUGGCGAUCGCGUACCCCUUGAUCGCAACUCUUUCGUCCUCCUCCUCUUCUCGCGAUCGGGGGCGGGCGAUUCCGCAGCUUGUCGCAGCCAGCGGUGUAGCGCGCGAAUUUAUUAUUUAACGGGAAUAAUCGAUGGCUUAUGGAUACGUGUACACCGGGGUACACCUUCGCGAUAGUCGUCAUUUUCGCGAUGGUGACGCGCCGCGUGGCAGGGAAAGCCGCUCUUCGUUGUCUGCAGCCGCGAGUCGGCGGCGCGUGAAUUUGAAAGGGAUCAUCCCUCCCGGCCGGGAAUAAAGUGAGCGUGAUGACGACCUCUCGGGAAACCGUGCUGACGAGAUUCAGAAACAGCUUCCGCUGCGGCAUGCCCAAAUGCCCGAGCAUUCGUAUUCCAGGAAUGGAGAAGCCGGAGUCCUCCGCGGGAGGCGAGAGUGCCACCGAGCUCGAGGAUCGGGAUCCCAACAACCUGAAUCAGCAUCUUCAGGUAAUGUGGGAUGACGUGAUUGGCGAACCGGAAGGAAUCAGAAGUCCCGAAUGUGCCUGGCGACUCAGCGGCCACUGCUUCCGGCUCUCCAGGGGAUGCUGCUACGUACUCCUCUCCGUCCUCGUGGCACCCCUGCUCGCCCUGUGUUUGGGUUUCACGUUCGCCUGUCUCGCGUUUCAGCAUAUAUGGUGCGUCGCGCCGUGUUUGCGCGUGUGGAAGAUCACGUGCGCGGCGAUGCGAAAUUUCUUGGCGUCGGUGACGCAGGCGAUCAUACGGCCGAUCACAGAGUCGUUGGGCUAUCUCUGUCACAACAUCCGCGUGUUCAAUCAGAGGUUACCAGACGGUCCUUACCAGAAGGAAGACCUACUGGUCGUGUAACUCGACGACUCCAACGGCAACACGGGUUCGUGGGGGUUCCAUCCCCCCCUCCUCCCCCCUCGCUGUCGAGUUCGCGUGCGAUGGCAAUUCUUCCGCCAUCGCAUUCUUUCGAACGCGUUUGCGAUGCGUCGAGCGAUCGCGCGAGGAGUACAUGUCGGUAGUGUUAUAGCGUUUUAGAGUUAAUCGACGAGAGAGAUGCUUAAUUAUAGAGAUACUUACGAGACGCGUUCGCAACAUGCGGACAUAUAUCAUCAUGUGAGAAAUUUAAAAACGGCCCAAUGCCCCAGACAGAUAUUCUUUUUAGCCAGAAUUAGAUCGACCGAGAUCCAAGUGCGAUGUAACGCUAUUCUGUCAAAAUAGUAUGAGGGGAUUAACGGCCAAAUUCGAGCAAAUUAAAGUGUUCAAAUAACUAAUAAUGAAAAAAAUCAAUCACAUGAUAUAUUAACGUGACCCUUUCGAAUUUUAUUCAAUCAAUAUCAAAGGAUAUCAAAAAAUUUUUAGAGAAAAACCCUUGGAAC